UUCCUUCUUCUUUCUUUGCUUAAUCAGCUUUUCUCUUUCAUAUAACAUAAGAUAUCAAUAUAUAUAUAUAUAUAUAUAUACAUACAUACAUACAACUGAAUCCUUCAAGCAUACAUAUAUAUAUAUAUACUUGCUUCUUGUAGAACAAGUUGGGUUUGUUGUUUAAGGCUUUGGUGAUGGAAGAGCCGGUUGUGGUGAACAAAGAUGAGCCUUUGGAUUUGCCGCCAGGUUUCAGGUUCCACCCUACAGAUGAAGAGAUCAUCACUUGUUAUCUCACAGAGAAAGUGUUGAAUAGCAGUUUCAGUGCAAUUGCUGUUGGGGAAGCUGAUUUGAACAAGUGUGAGCCUUGGGACUUGCCAAAGAAAGCCAAGAUGGGGGAGAAAGAUUGGUACUUUUUUUGCCAAAGAGAUAGAAAGUAUCCAACGGGGAUGAGGACCAAUAGAGCAACCCAAUCUGGGUAUUGGAAGGCCACUGGCAAAGAUAAAGAGAUUUACAAAGGGAAAAACAAUCUUGUGGGCAUGAAGAAGACCCUUGUGUUCUAUAGAGGAAGAGCUCCAAAAGGGGAAAAGACAAAUUGGGUUAUGCAUGAAUUCAGAUUGGAAGGCAAAUUCGCAUGUUACCACCUUCCUAAGGUUGCAAAGGAUGAAUGGGUUGUGUGCAAGGUUUUCCACAAGAACAACACAGAUGAUAACAAAAGGGUCCCAAUUAUUCCUGGCCUUCUGAGAAUGAACUCAAUUGGAGAAGAUCUAUUUGAUUUCUCUUCACUUCCACCUCUAGUGGAUCCUCCUUAUAACCACACCUCAAACAAGCACAUUGGCAAUAAUUUCAAGGACACUAACAAACCAUCAUCAUCAUCAGAUGGCUACUACCUUCCCAACUUCGUCAACAACAAUCAGCACCAGAUGCUAAUGAUCAAGCCAGACGAGAACACCAACAACUAUUCCACCACCAACCCAAAGAACUUCAGUACUAAUACAAAUCCAAUGGGAAGCACAAGCAUUUCUCUUUCUCACCCUCAAAUUCAAAUCCAAAAUCCAUGUUCCCCUUUCCAUUUCUCGGAUUAUUAUAUGCACCAAGGCAAGAACAGUGCCAAAUACCUUCCUGGGUUGAACAAACAGUGCAAAAUGGAGCAGUUCUCAAACACUAACCAGCCUGUGGUCAGUGUCUCUCAAGACACGUGUCUGAGCAAUGACAUAAACACUGACACUUCGUCUGUGGUUUCAAAGCAAGAAAUGGGAAGGAAUAAGGCAUUGUAUGAGGAUCUUGAAGGUCCAUCAUCAGUUGCUACACUCUCAGAUUUGGAAUGCCUUUGGGAUGAUUACUGAAGAAUAUUUGAGAGAUGUGAUGAAGAGAGAAAACAUGUUUGUUGAUUUAUGGUUUUUAUGUAGUUAUUACAUACCGUAUAUUUUCUGAUUUUUCAGACAGUCAUAUAUAGAUGUUAUAUAUUAGACAUGAAAAAGUUCUUGGAUACACAUAUACUGUAUAUAUAGAUUUUAUGAUUUAUUAGAUUAUCCUGGUGUUAUUAAAGUUAGGUUUUUAUUUCACAUAUAGAUCUCAAGGAGAAGGAUUUGAUCGUGCGUGUACAUUUUCAUUCGUUUUAUAUUAGUGGGGUUUGUUUUAUUAAUUUCUUCUUUAAUUUGUUUUCAGUUGCAUUUGUAUAGUUCAAAGUAAUUUUGUUUGUACUUUGUAAUAAUCUAGUUGAAUGCUUCCGAGUACUUAUUAUUCAUUUAUUAUUCUUG